AUGUCGACGACCAACCCUACGAGAGAAACAACCGAAUGGGAUGACCUGCAAAGAAAAUUCGGGAACUUACCGCCACUUCCAAAAGAAAUAAAAGAAGAAGAAAUAUAUCUAGAAAAUCUUGAAAAACUUGAAGAGGAAAAUAUUUUAGAUAAGAAAAAUUUGAAUGAACUAAAUGAUAUUGAAGAGAAAUGUAUAGACGAUGAAUAUUUAAAGAUUAUCGAAAAAUAUAAAAAUGAUAGAAUUAAUGAAAUCAAUCGUAUGAAAGCUGAAGAUAUAUAUGGUGAGGUUUUUGAAAUAUCAAAAGAAAACUUCCUUACAGAUAUUAAUGAGGCAAGUAAAAAAAACCCACUCAAUAAUAAUAAUAAUGAUGAUGAUGAUAAUAAUAAUGAUGAUAAUAAUAAUAAUUAUAAUAGUGAUAAUUAUAAUAGUGAUAAUUAUAAUAAUAAACAAUCAAAAAGAAAACCGAAAGGAACUCAUGUCCUUUUACAUUUAUAUUCAGAGAAUGUUAUUUCUUGUAAAGUAUUAAAUAAUAUUUUAAAAGAAUUAGCACAAAAACAUAAAUAUAUAAAAUUUACCAAAGGUAUAUAUAAUCGUAUCAUAGAAAAUUACCCCGAAAAUAAAUUACCAACCAUUUUAAUUUAUUAUAAUGGUACAUGUAUUCAUCAAAUAUGUAAUGUAUUAGAUCAUAUCAAAGGUGGAUUAAAUAAUUUAAAUAUGCCAACUUUUGAAAAGUUUAUAAAUAAAUAUCAUAUCUUUAGGACAUGUCAUAAUAACAUGUACAAUUCUAAAGAUAAUAACAGUGAUAAUUAUGAUGAUGAGGAUGAAUUAAACAAAAAAAAUAUACGAACACAAAAACAAUAUACAUCUUUUAAUAUGUUUUAUAAUAAAAAUAAGGGAAAUCAACACUAUGAUAACUCAGAUAAUUCGUCUGUGGAAGAUAAAGAAAUUCAUUCAAGAGGAUAUGCCUCAUCAUAUUUGGACAGCAAAUUAAGGUUAAACAAGUUUUAA